AUGGCAAGCUUGCAGUCCGUGAAAUCGUUCACUAGUUUGGCGGGGCUGAGUGAGGUCACGGAUACCCAAAGCAGUCUCGAUGUGAACCUUUCUGAGCGCGAUUUCGAGCGGGACUCGGGCCCAUGGCGCUCCUCAGGAUCACGACCGGCGACGCCGCCUCCAGAAGCAAGUUUCUUGACGGGAGACCAGCUCAUCGAUGGGGUCGGGCUUCACUUCCCUAGUGUAUUGCCGACCAGGGAUUUGUCUCUGACGAUUGGAAGCGAAAGCUCAACGGCGCCGGCCACUCCCUAUCACGGACCGGAAGCUUUAGGCGGUGAUAUUUCCGCUCUGGAAGGAGAUGGCCUGGAGACCCCUCGGCCGUCCGCAGUCUCCUUUCUGACGCCAUCCGGACCAGCUCCGCAAAGAGGAAGAGCGUUGUGUGCUGCCGGCCCUCUCACACCUAGCCCAACCCCAAAGCGGAAACGGAGCACGAGUCCCCCAUUCGCUCCAGGUCAACUCAAACGGCCGAAAACACACGGGCGGCAGACGGAUGAGCGACGGGAGGAUGAGAGCCACUCGACGGCAGACUCUCAGGAACCUGCAGCUGAUCGAGCGCUCCGCAAUGCGAGGCAGCUUACCAUCCACCUAGCAAGCUCAACAGGCUAUACCGUUGACGGGCUGAGCAACGGAGAUUUAGCACAAGGGAACGCCCAUAAGGACUCGAAACCCUGUAAUCAGCAAAUACCGGCUGUCCGUCUGGCCGACCAAUGCAACAAGCCAAAAUACGCCAUGAAGAUCCAGCUAUUCUCGGAAGAGGAGAUUGAAGCGCAACUCUCCGAGCUCCUGAGCGCUUAUCGAGCAUUUUACCUUGAGCCUGUCGAUGCCGACGCGGGAAACAAGGGCAAUACAGAUAUUGCACGGAGGGGUCGGCACACCUUUAAGGCCGUCUUCAGAGACAGACUCAACUCGGCGGAGGACGAAGAAUUCCUACUGCUGGAGAAGGAGAAAAACAUCAUGAAUGUGUUCAUGAUAUGGGUCCGAGAGAUGAAACCGCCUUCAGAUGUCCGCUUUGAGAGUUUCGAAGACCAGUCGCAGUGUCUCGAACGCUUGGUUGAAUUAGCCGUUGAGCCGUUCAUCAAGAAGAUUGUACUAUCCGCGGCCGACCAUGGCAAUGCGUUCCUCAUGGAUCAAAAGCCCGAUAUUCGGGGCAUCUGUACGCCUGCUUGCAAGGCCGACGGCUCCAUUCAGUGGGAGUUUGAUGAGAUCUGGUGCGAGUUUGCACAGCUCCAUAUUGCCUAA